AUGAGUCAACCUGUUGAGCCAGUCACCAGCGCGUGCAGCUUUACAAAAGAUGUCGAGAAGUCAAUGGACACACCUGCUAGUGAUGUAGACGUGGGUGCCCAACUGGCGGGCGCCAGUGUUGGCCAGGGCCUUACCGUGGCGGAGAACAAGCGAAUUGUCCGUCAGAUCGACAUGCUCCUGAUGCCUUUGAUGUUCGUCUCGUAUGGAUUGCAGUAUAUGGACAAGACAAUUCUGGCAGCAUCAGCUCAAUUUGGCAUCGUUGAAAAUCUUGGUCUAUAUGACCUGGUUCUUCAGAACGGCAAAGUUACUACAGAUCUUCAGAAGUUCUCGCACGCCACCUUGAUAUUCUACUGGGGGUUUGCCUUUGGUUCUCUCCCUGCGGCCUAUCUUGCCCAACGUUUCCCCAUCGGAAGGUUUUGCGGUAUAUCAAUUGCUGUUUGGGGCGGAAUCACUAUGGCAACUGCAGGCGUAACUUCAUAUCCCGGUAUGAUGGUACUACGUUUCUUCCUGGGGUUCGUCGAAGCCGCCAUUCCUGCUGCAUUUUCCCUCAUUGUCGCCAUGUGGUAUAGAAAAAAUGAGCAACCUCUCCGGUUUGCCAUCUGGGUUUCCGCGAGCGGACUUGGCGGCGUGAUUGGAACCGCCAUACUUUGGGGCAUUGGGCAUAUCCAGGGCUCUCUACACCCAUGGCAAUACCAAUUCUUGAUCCUUGGAGCAGCUACCACUGUUUGGGGUAUCGUAGUCGCCGUGGUGCUACCGAAUAAUCCCGUUGAAGCAAGGUUUUUGUCCACACCGGACAAAGUCCUCGCUGUCGAGCGGAUGGUUGCAGGCCAGACUGGCAUCGAAAACUCGCGAUUUAAAAUGUACCAGGUUAAAGAGGCCCUCUUGGACCUCAAAACCUGGGCGUUUGUCUUGAUCACCUUCUGUGUUGAGCUUGUCAACGGUGCUGUGUCAGGCUUUGGCACGAUUAUUGUCAGGUCCUUUGGAUUCGAAGCCUUCGAGGCUGUCCUUAUCGCCGGUUCGAUGGGGGCUGUAGUUUUUGUGUCACUUCUUUUAUCUGGAACCACAUCAGUCUAUUUUCCAAAUCAGCGCUGCAACAUUGCAUGGGUUACCACGUUGCCGGUACUCGCAGGGAGCGUCAUUGUGUGGAAGGUAUCCUGGGCGACUGUUGGUCCACCACUUGCUGGAUUCUUACUCCUUGGCUUCUUCACCGCCCCUUACAUCAUGAUAUUGGCUUUAAUGACAGCCAACACUGCAGGUCAUACCAAAAAAGCAAUUACGACAUCAUUGAUUUGGGGAGCGUACUGCGUUACAAAUGGAGUUGCGCCACUUCUGGUGAGAACAACAGAGGUGCUUGACCAUUACCCUACGCUGUUCUUGCCACUCAUUGCUUUUCUUUCCCUUUCUGUUGUCAUAGUGUUUGUCCUCCGGUGGUACCUGAGCUAUUGCAAUAAGCAGAAGGACGUGAUUGGGAAUGCAAAUGAGGUGUCCACGCUCAACACUGCAUUUGCAGAUAUGACAGACAAGGAAAACCCGAACUUCAGGUAUUCGUACUAA